UGGACACUCACCGCGUUCCCUCCGCUCAAUCAAAUCAAUAUCCCGAUCAGCUUCCCAAAGCCAAUUUUGUAUCGUCUCCUGAUCCAAGCUCUGCUGUAGCAGAGUGAGCACCGGCGUCAUGUCCGAUUCAUUUAGCCUUCCUCUUCGUCCCCUGACCGAGAAGCCCGAACGCCCAGAUCCGCUCCCCGUAGAGAUUGCUCAGAUCAAUGCUCAGUAUGGUUCCUUUCGCGAGGUUACGGAGGAUAGCCUGCGGGCCAAGAUCGAAGCCGACAAGAACAAAGAUCCGUGGGCAGAAGAGGAGAGCGACAAUGCGUCUGGCGAUGAGGAUACGAAGGAACGUCUAGAUCAACUAUAUAAGCGUCGCGUGGCCAUCAUUGAAUUCGCCAACCAGGCCCAUGCAGAAGCGUCGUUUGCCCUCGACUUUAUCUCCCUUUUGCUUUCGAAGCAUAAUCCUCGUCAGGCCGAAAUGUCCAUGUCGCCAUACCUGAAACAAAAUGCGCCCCUCGGAUCGCUAAACGCUGAAAUCAUCAAUCCGCCUCCGAAGCCCGACUCCGCCAUCAAAGACACCAAGACCGUUUCGCGUGGUUGGAGAUUGCAGAACUUUAGCGCUGCGGCAAACAAACUUCUCGACUCGGCGAACAGGCUCGAAACUGAAGUCACUUCGGAGACCAGGUAUUGGAAUGAAGUGCUGGCGGUUAAGGAAAAGGGAUGGAAGGUGUGCAGGUUGCCGAGGGAAAGACAGGCACUUGGGGUGCAGUAUGGCUUUUUGGAAGCUACGCCGAUCUUCCGCGACCGCGGCCUGGCCGCUCUUCGACGGACCAACGACGGAAGCUUAAUACUCGACAAGGGGUUGGUUCCACACAAGAUGCGUACGGUGCGCGUACGUGUGAAGAGUCAUGGUCGGGUCACAGGAUGCUCGAAAUCCCAACCGGUGUCGGAUGAGGCCGAGUCAAUUGAGAGUCGCAUCCUGCAGGCGCGUGAUACGCUAUACGAAGAGGAACUAUUCCAUGAGCUGGUACGCGAAGCAAGAAUACUGGGUAGUCAGGGGGUCACGACCCGCCAGAACCUAGUUCAGUUCCCGGUGUCGGAGGAGCAAGAUGUCUUGCUAGAUUUGGUCGACGACGAUCAGGCGUCUCUAGCCGAAGAUGAAGCUGUGUCCUCCAAUGAGCAUGACGUGGUGGCAGACGCUCUCGCCCACUCCAUACGCAUCCUUCUUGCCUACGCCCACCGUCAAAAUCUACGCCGACGAACACAGCCCCCACCGCCCCUUAACCCAAAGCGCCGCCAAACCCCAGAAUACCAAAUCCUUCGACCGGUCAUGGCAUACCUACAGCACAGCUCACAUGUUCGAUGGGUAGAAUCUUUGUUGAAGGACCUCCACCAAGUCCUGAAGACUGCUGGGUACGCAUGUGGCUUUACAGCGAUCCCAUUCUCAUCUCUCAGUCUCAAGCGCGCCAACAGCGCUCUCCCAAAAGUGGAAUCCCUGGUUCAGGAAUUUUUGCUACCUUAUGAAUCGAUAUUUUCGGGGCAACUGCUCACACCUCAAAGUUCUUUCCGAGUUAAAGUUCGCACCAACGUUGUAUCACCCCCGUUGGGUACCCACUAUGAGAUCUCGGUCAACAUUCCUCAAUAUCCGGACGUCCGGCCGCCGAACCGCAUCGGCUUGCAGGAGGAGGCAGCCUUCGUGAUAGUACACUUUGUGCUGUUGGAUAUCGUCACAGCCAUCACUCAGGCCACGAACACUCCCAUGGAUGGUAUCAAGCAAGAAACAGGGCGCCUGUUAACAUGGGAAGCGACAUAUCCGCAUAACGGCGAGUUACUCGCGCUCUCUAGUACGGGCGAGUGCAAGAAAAUGAAAGUGCGCUUAUCGCGAAGUGAGCUAACUGUGCAAGUGUACUCUGCGCGAGUGACCGAUGGAUUUGGUCACCUGGCUGUGGACAAAACGCCAGCCAUGCGCUCGCAGACAUGGAAGUCCGAUGGCACUACUGGCGAGUCUAGCCUGAUAGACUUUGUCACUGAAGUAUCCAAAGAGGGACCGCCGACCCUAGUUUAACUGAAGGUGAAAAAGGAAAAGGAAAAAACAAACUAUUAGCUGUCCUAUGCGUUGGGCACAGGACAAAUGGCGCGGCGCAACCGUACACUUAGAGGCUUCCAACACUUCUAAUAGAGGAUGAUAUGCUUUCGGAGACCACUCCUAGAUAAUCACAUUAAGCUGCCAGUUCGAAAGAUUUCACCGCUUAGUCCACCGUCAACAAUUCUUUCAACAGUGUCUCGUGAAUCCGGUAUGCCGUUGGUAACCAUGCGCUG